GGCCUUUUUUCAGGUGGACAAUUUUCUACGUCUGCGAGGUGGUGACGCGGAACGAGUCGAUCGAUGCGAGCCAGGCAGUGUACGGGGUCCGCCCUCGCGCUGUCCUGCGCCGUAGGAUGAUAUCCAAUUUGUUGCUACAAAAGCAAAACGAAUGCGGUCCUUUCGAUGGACCAACCGACCACGUUCAACUUCGAUGUCGCCCCAAUCUCGACGAACGUAGCUGUCCAUCGACGUUCUGGUUCAUUGACAUCCAUGCACCAAGCAAGAUAACGCCAGCCAGUGAUGCCAUGAGAGGGGUCCAAAUAAAGGGCGCAUGCAUGGAUUUGGCGACCGAGAGCAUUCCAAACUCUUGACGGACAUGUGGCCUCCGGCAACCAGCCGGCACGCACGGCACUUACCGGCUCAGGUGCGUUGUGAAAUAUUAUAUUUAGGAGGUAAACGAGCUGGUAUUGUAUUGUAUCGUAUAUUGAAUUAAACAGGGAAUUGCAUUGAAAAGAAUUGCAUCCACGAGCGCAUGAAGGCGAUCCUGGUGGCGUGCUACCUCGCGCUUCUGGUAGUCGUGUGCGCGGGCCACAAGCGCCACACGAGCAACUGGGCAGUGGUGGUGGAUGCGUCGCGGUUCUGGUUCAACUACCGCCACAUCACGAAUGCAUUGUCGCUGUAUCACUCGGUGAAGCGACUCGGGAUCCCCGACAGCCAGAUCAUCCUCAUGCUGGCCGACCAAAUGCCGUGCAAUGCGCGCAACUGCUUUCCCGGCAAGGUGUUUGACAGCAACACGCACGCAACCAACCUGUACGGCGACGAUGUCGAAGUCGACUAUCGAGGGGCGGAAGUGACAGUCGCCAACUUCAUCAAGGUCUUAACCGGGCGACACGAGCCAGGCACGCCCGCGAGUCGGCGGCUCGACUCGGAUGAAGAUAGCAACGUGUUUAUAUUCAUGACCGGUCAUGGCGGCGACGGCUUCCUCAAGUUUCAAGAUGCUGAGGAGCUGUCGAGCCACGACAUCGCCCAGGCUGUGCAGGAAAUGCAUGUCAAGGGCCGGUACAACGAGCUGUUUUACAUGGUUGAUACAUGCCAGGCAGGGUCGCUGGCCACGCAGCUGUACUCGCCGAAUGUGGUGACGAUCGGGAGCGCUCGAACGGGGGAGAAUUCGUAUGCGUAUCACACCGACUUUGAGGUCGGGCUCUCGCUGAUCGAUCGGUUCACGUACGCUACGCUCGACUACAUGCAGUCGAUGCAAGUGAACCGCGAGAAUACCAAAACGCUGGGCCAGCUCUUUGGCUCGUACGACCCACACAUGUUGUACUCGACCCCGGACGCGCGCACCGAGCUCCUUGGCCGGUCCAUCAAUGACGUUCCGAUAACAGACUUCCUCGGGUCUGUCUUGCAAAUUCACGUAACGAAGGACGAGUACCCCGUUGUGGCCGACUCGCCGCCAGCGACGUCGUACAGUCAUUUGUAUCAGCUGGAACAGCCCCGCAGCGACGGCCCGUUGCCCCGACAAGAGAGCGCUCCUGUCGCCAAGGCCGACCCCGUUGAGCUGGCAGCACUUGUGGCUGGCUUCGGAGUCGCGCUGCUGGCGCUCUCGACUGUCCCGUUCACCCACACGAUUUAGCCGUCAUGGCGAUAUUGUAGUGAACAAGCACGUGUGCACAUUUAUUGAGCUAUUUCUUGAGCGCAGGCAGCUUGACCUUGGUCUGGUCCCACAGCUGCACGA